AAUACAGCCUUCUCAAAAAGUACACACGGCAUGUUGAAAUUGCCGUGUGCUUGCAUUGCAUCCACCAGCCAUGGCGACGGCCAUGUGUCAGCAGCAUCCAUCGUCACCGCACAGCUCGCGAGGCUACGAGCUGUCGCCCUUCAGCUCGUUCGUUUCGAUGCUGGACCUUUCUCAAGACCAAAGGACAUCUGAUGGCCGCGAUUACGGUAGUUAUGACAGCGUUUAUGCCAUUCCCUACCUCCAAGCGUAGUUUCAUGCAUCGCGUUCCUCUAAUCACGAAGGUGGUGAACACCGCCAAGGUUUGUUACACCGCGAGAGAUGGGCGACUCACGAAGUCGUUGUACAUAGACCCAGCCGCUCCCUUCUCUGAUUGACGUCGGGCGGCGGAGUUAGACUCGCUUGUUUCACGUUUAGGCGAAGGCGGCGUGGGGUACAGGUGCAGCGAUGGGCGUGCUAGCGAAGCUGCUGUACAUACUAGUGGAGGACGACGACGAGCGGGGGGAAGGGAAGCCUGGUGCAUCCUCGUCGGGAGGGAAGGCCGGUCCUCCUACUCCUCCUGCUCCGCCUACUCCCAUUGCCUCGUUCCGCUACACCAAGUCGGUGCUGUCCAGCACGCUGCAGCUCAUGGGGUGCAAGACCAGGCACGCCGUCAAGAUCAGCGAGCGUGUCUUUCAAAUCCUGCUGUCGCAACUCACCAGCCGUCGAUUUCCCGGCCAUCGGACGGACGUGGCUCACCGAUCACGGAUGGCGAACGGAUCCGACGGAAUCCAGCGAUUGGCCAAACCGGACCGGGAGUCCGACGCCGUUCUGGCCACCACCGCUGGCAUUGAUAAUAACGAUUGUCGUAAUAGUAACGGGUGUUGUGACAAUAACGAGCGGACUGGGAGCAGAACAGCAGCUGGGGGUGAGAUGCCCGGCGGCGACACAGUGAGGGGAGUGACUGUGUCGCUCAAACGCAGCACGUUCUUGGACGUGGUGUGCCAGGCUCUGGCCGAGUACCGCUACUUCAGCGCUGACCAACGAGCCGACCUCGCCCUGGCCUGCAAGGUGCGCGAGAGGAAGAUGUCAGUGACGGUGUUCCUGUGUGGCGCCAGUGGCUGUGGCAAGUCCACUCUCGCCUCCCUGCUGGCCUCUCGCCUGGGCAUUACAACGGUGGUGUCCACCGACUCGCUGCGCCACAUGAUGCGCGGCUUCAGCAGCCGAGAAGAGAACCCCCUGCUGUACGCGUCCACGUACCAGGCAGGCGAGCACCUCGACCCCGCUGCUGUCGCUGACGCCAAGGCCAGGAAGAAAGCCGGCAAGCAAGCAGGCAGGCAUGGCGGCUCACUGUCAGGCAGGCCGGCAGACAAGCAGGCGGCAGCAUCGACGCCUAAGCAGGGAGAAGGCCAGCAGGGAGGCAAGCUGGCAACCGAACUUGAGGGCGAGGUGGGGCGGAGAGAGGUGCAGGGUGCUCUGCCUGUGAGCGUUAUGCUCAGCAGAGGCGAGGCAGUGUUGGCUUCACAGGAGGCGUGUCGGAUGGGGGGAGGGCAGGGAGAUGGGGAGGGGAGCAGCGAGGGAGGGGCUGUGAUGGCAGGAGGAGGGCGGGGCGAGAGGGAGGAGCGGGAGAUGGGAGAGGCGGAUUGGGGCCGGCAGGCAAGCCUGGCGGGGGUGGAUGAUGGCAGGCAGGCGAGUGGGAAAGGAGGUGGAGAGGGUGGGGAGAAAGAUGUGGGGAGUGGGAGGGGGGCAGUGAGUGGGAGGGGGGCAGUGAGCGAGCGGGAGAUGGUGAUCCAGGGGUACAAGGCGCAGAGUGAGAUGGUGAUCGGCAGUGUGGACCGGCUGCUCGCCAAGUGGGAACGGUGCAACGAGUCGGCCAUAGUGGAGGGCGUGCACCUCAGCCUCAACUUCGUGAUGGAGCUGCUGAAGCGGCAUCCCACCAUCAUUCCCUUCGUCAUCUACAUCGGCAACGAGGCGAAGCACCUGGAGCGCUUUGCCGUGCGCGCCAAGUACAUGACGCUGGACCCCUCGCGCAACAAGUACGUGCGCUACAUCCGCAACAUCCGCACCAUCCAGGACUACCUCGUCCGGCGCGCUGACAAGCACCUCGUUCCGAAGGUGAACAACACGAACGUGGAUAAGAGCGUGGCGGCCAUCCACGCCACUGUCUUUGCGUGCCUGCGCCAUCGAGCAGCCGGCGAGAGCAUGUACAGCCGCGCCACCAACACGCUCCCUCUGCUGCGCCGCGAGUACGACACACAGUACACAUCAUCCGGGCUGGGGUCCAAGGGCAUGCUGUACCUCAUCCAGAAGGAGGGCUCCCUGCGCUCCUCCGCCUCCGCCCUCCCGGAUCCACUCUCUGGUUUGCCCGAGCGCGCCUUCAGCCUCCCCACAUUCACCUUCCGUGCUGACAGCAGUGGGUCCGGUGCUGCUGCGGGCGACUCGUAUGCACCGGCUCGUAUGCAGUUUGGCCUGCCGCCUCUAGCCCCUGGUUUUCCACCUGGUGCUGGUGAGGCGCCUCAGAGCCACGGCCCGUCGUCCCUGUCAGCUGUGCCUCCUCUGCCACUCCGCUCCUUUCGAGCAUCCGAGGGCCACACAGGGGCUCCUUGGGGGCAAGCAGUGUUAACAGGCGAAUUCUUCUGUCCGGAUGAGCUGUCAGAGGGUUACGCGUCUGGUUACAGCUCAGGGGUGCCUCCUAGAGGGCCAAGAGAGGGCUUGGCGUCAGCAGCAGCAUCGAUUCAGGCACAGGGUUUUCCCUGGCAGACAGGCUAUGGCCAGAUAACACCUCAUCCAGUUGUCGCCAUCCCCCUGCUGAACCUCUCAGAAACCCCGUCUGCCACGGAGGCCUCGUUGGAGUCCCCCACCGCCCUGGUCAGUUCGGGGGUCAGUGCCUGCUCUACGCCCAGGGUAGUGACGUCUGGUGCAGGCGGAACUACAGGGGGACCUGGUGCAGGUUUAUCUGGUGCAGGUGGAAGUGCGUGUGCGAGCCUGCUAGCCCCCAUCCAUGUGCGGUUCAGCGGGCGCACGGCCUUCCCCCGCAGCAACGACGUGGGCAGCAGCAGCGGGGGGGAGGGGCUGGCGGCGCGAGAGAGGGAGAGGCACGAGAGAGGAGGAGCAGCAGGGGUGAUGGGGGCGAUGGGGAUGAGAGGGUUAGCAAAGGCGAUGGAUGGGGUGAGGAUGGGGGGUGGGGUGCAGCUUGCAUCGCACAUGCCGAGCUUCUAUGCGUCGCCUGGCAGCAGCAGUGGCGCGCGGCAGAAGAAGGAAGAGGUAUCGGAGCACGUGGCGGCAUCAGACAGUGACGACGGCGACGAGCACAUCCAGCACGUGGCUGACGUGGACUCCAAUGGAGGCUUCUCCUCGGAAGGCUCGGAGCACGAUGAAGAGGAGGGCUCUGUAGCCAGCGACGAUUCCUUCAGCCUAUCAGAGGGCGGCACAGAGGAGGACAUGGGGGGAGACGACAGCACAGAGCCCACUGAUCUGCUGCAUGACCUGCUGCCGCACGACCUCUCUGCUGCAGCAGUGGCGCCGGGCGGCGAGCUGAACGUCUUCCUUGACUCGGCCAGACUGCCCCAUGUGCUCUCCAGCGAUUUCUACUAUGGCGCUCAUGGUGCUGCUGCUGCUGCUGCACCCCAUCGCUACACCAACGGUGCCGCGGCCUAUCAGCCCCUGAGUCACCAUUCCCUUUCGCCUGGGCCUUGGGGCGACCAUGGCAUGGGGAUGGGGCUGCAAGAGGGGGCUGUAGGAAAUACAGGGCAAACAGCAGGUGUUGCAGCAGCAGCCGGUCGAUUCCCGUACGUGGAGAACAGUGCUGGCCAUCGUCACUUCACACAACAUCUGCACCGCGUUCCCUCUGCACCAGGUGCUGCUGCAGGUGCUGCUUUUACUUCAGGUGCUGCUUCAGGUGGUGCUGCAGGUGGUGCUUCCCAUGCCGGCUUGCCUCCCUGGCCCAGAGGUCACUCCGCUUCCCCUGCCCACUUUUCGCGCCAUGGGGAGGCUCCCUUCGCUGCUGCCCUUCACGCUUCUCCUGCUGCUGCUGCUUCUGGUUCGGCUGCUGCUGGAUUAGCUGCAGGUGCUGCAUCAGCUGUUUCAUCGGCAGCAGCAGUUGCCUCCAGGCCCCAGGGAGGGCGUGAGUGGGGCACAGGCAGGCGAGUUGCCUCAGGGGCAGGGGCGGGGGUGCUGCUGGGCAGGUCGAAGUCGAUGGGCGGGAUGAGGGAGAGGGAUGCAGGGGGGAGAGAGGCUGGGCGCAUGCGUGUGCGGCCAUCGCGAUCGGGGUCCGGAAGACGGUUCUCCGAUACUGGUGGGGCGAGCCGAAGGGGAUGGAUGGUGCUGGAAACGAUGGUGGAGCGCAGCAGGGUGGUGCAGGAGAGUGGUGGCGUGCAAGCUGAGAGCGGAGCUGUGGAGGAGGGUGGUGCUGCAAUGCUGAAUGAGAAAGGCUCGGUGCAGCAGCAGCAUCAUUGAGUGGGGCUUGUUUCUUCCAAUUCCUUCGUGGCGCAUGGGUGGGGUCUGGACGGAUAAGAGGAGCACCGAGGGGUGUUGCAAUUCGUAGCACCAGUUUUUACUACUGGUAUGUGCAACACGGAGGAAGGUACCAGUUCAUUCAGAGUGUCAACACGCGUGGUAAUGUAGGUAUGCAACAAUGAUAACAUAUGCAUCUGUAUGGGCAGUUGGCAAGGAGUGUUACAUACAAGCUUGUGAAUGUUCAGGGGCCGAAAUAGCUGUAGAUAUUGUGCACGGGUCUGCAAAAUGUCUGUAUUGUAGGUAUGAUCCGUCCAAAUGAGGGUGGCACGUACCUUGGGUGUAUCCUGUGGAGUAGUGCACGGCGCCUUCGCCCGUCCCAGCCGGCCCCGCGCCCGCCCUCGCGACCUCCGCGCCCGUCCACUCGGCCCCAGCGCCCGUCCCAGCCGGCCCCGCGCCCGUCCCGGCCAACCCCGCGCCCGCCCCAGCCGACCCCGCGUUCGUCCCACUGGCCUGGUGUCCGCUGAUCCUGGCCCCCGCGCCCGUCCUGCCCUGAGCUGUGUGCGGCCCGCUCGUCGUGCCUGCUCCGGCCCUGCUCCCUCCUAGUACAGUUCCCCAUCACCUGCCCCGCACUGCACCACACGGUACCGCACUGCAUCGCAUUGCAUCGCCCUGCACCGCACUGCACUUCGUUGCACCGCACUGCGCCGCACUGCAUCGCACUGUACCGCGCUGCACAGCCCUAAACUGCUCCUGAUGGCGGCGGAGCUUCGCUUCGACGCUGAAGGCCAGCCUCUGGAGUUCGAGGCGUGGCUCGCCGACCUCCAUCGCCACCUCACUGGCCAGCGCCAGGAUGGCCACCCGCUUUUCGCACACCUUGACGGUACGCUCCCCUGCCCAGACCCCCCUGCUGUGCUGCCCGCUGACCCCAAACCCGCUGAGCGCGAGUCUAGUGCAACCGCUGCCCUUGCGCGCUCUGUCUGGCUUUCCCGAGACGCUGUCGCCUAGCUUGCCAUUAGCAAUGCCCUUCCCCCAACUGAGCGCCCUCGCUUUAGGUCCAUCACUACCGCCCAGGCUUUCUUAGAUGCUGUCAUCAAGCGCUAUUCCACCCCUCCUGCUGCCUCGGUGGGUCGCCUGAUCCUCCCGAUGCUCUUUCCUGACCUUGCGUCCUUCCCCACUGUCGCUGACCUGACUGCCCACCUGCGCACGAUAGAUGAGACUUGGCGAACGGCUUGCACUGACGCACUGCUUAGAGCCCACCAGGCGCCCAUUACCUCUACCCUCUACCUGCUUGCCACCCGCCUCCCUGACCGCCUUGCCGCCGCCCACGACCGCUUCCUUAGCAUUCACCCCGGUGAGCUGACCCUCACCGACUUUGUAGACACCCUGACUGUUAUUGAGACCCGCCACCGCUCUAUCGCCCAGACGAGCGGUACUGUGCCGGUCCCUAUCUUUCAGGAUUGUGCCCCCGCUCAGUGUACCUUCUCCGACGGUUCUGUCGCUGUGGCUGAGACUGCUGCUGCCGCGCAGUUCCGUCCGGGGAAGGGCCGCCGCCCCAAGGCUGGGCGCGGCGGAGGAGGCGGGGGUGUAGGUGGGGGUGGUGGUGGAGUCGGGUCGUCUGGUGCUGGAGCGGACAAGGGGACACUGCCCGGUCCAGCUGAGCAGCCGCCUCCGCAGUCGCAGCAGCCACAGAAGCCGCAGCAGCCGCCGCAGACGAGGCAGGCGAGUGUACUCCCACCCUGGUGGCCUGGCGCUGGAGGUGGUCGUGCGCGUGGUGGUGUGCCGGGUGGUGGUUUGGUAGGCGUGCGUUGCCAGUACCAGAUCCAGACCGAUCCUCGUCGCGGCUACGUUUGCAGUAAGAUCGGUCAUACCACUCCUCGUUGUUUUCGUCGCCCGGACGACCUGUUUCGUCAGCGCUUCGGCCCGUCGCCAGACCUCCCGGACUGGCACAGUUUGCUUCGUCGUAGUAUUCCGAUUUUUGACAUGGACAUG